GAGCUUCGCGGAAUGGCUGGGAAGUUGUAGUUCUUUACAGCAGACGCACAUCUGUAGUGCUUAUUAUCGACUGAUAUGAAUUAAACUACACGUCCCGACGUCACGCUACGGGCUCAUAUAAUUGUUGUGAAUAUGUAAUUGCGCUCGUACGACUGGUUGCUUCUAAAUUUGGCUUCGCGGUGGCAGGCUGUACAGUCUGUGAGGUGGUCACUGCGCCGGUGCUGUGUGAGGAUGUCAACAUCAACGGAGGCUGAAGGAAAUUAACCGAUAAAUGCGUGACCACGGGACGCCGUGGAGAAGCUCUUUCGCGAACAAGCAAGGUCGCGAUAUGUCAAAAGUCGACGCUUAGUAGAAAAUCGUUGUGAGUUUAGAGAGACAUAAUUAAGCUUUGCGCGCGUGCAGUAACGCGCUGGAGAUUCUUGGAGAACACCGAGACAACUGCUGCUUCGAUUUUCACAUUGAAUGGACUUUUAAAAUACUGUCUUAAAGCAUGGCAGCCAGCCAAAUGUCUCAGGAUGUUUCCUUUCUUUACGGAACCUGCACCUAACCCGCUAACCGGCCAGUGACUGACCUUUUACGCACAGUGAAAGAUCCCUGCUCCCACAAUUUGUUUUUUUGUUUAUGCAGACGAACUUUGCAAAACAUUUUUAAUGAUUCGAGAUCUGAGCAAGAUGUACCCCCCGGCACGGCAUCCGCCGGGACAGCCGUUAAAGUUCACCGUCACUGAGUCCUGCGACCGGAUCAAGGAGGAGUUCCACUUCCUGCAAGCCCAGUAUCACAGUCUGAAAAUGGAGUGUGAAAAACUGGCCAGUGAUAAAACUGAGAUGCAGAGACACUAUGUCAUGUACUAUGAAAUGUCGUAUGGACUCAACAUCGAGAUGCACAAACAGGCGGAGAUCGUCAAGCGGCUGAACGCAAUCUGCGCCCAAGUCAUCCCCUUCCUCUCUCAAGAGCAUCAGCAGCAGGUGGUGCAGGCGGUGGAGCGGGCCAAGCAGGUCACCAUGUCUGAACUCAACGCAAUCAUAGGACAGCAGCAGCUCCAGGCUCAGCACCUCUCUCACGGCCACGCCAUCCCCGUCCCGCUCACGCCUCACCCGGCGGGCCUCCAGCCCCCCCUGCUCCCCGGGGCCGGUACUGCCAGCCUGUUGGCUCUGUCCUCUGCACUGAGCCACCAGCUGCCGCUCAAAGACGACAGGAAACACCACGACAGCAACAACGAACACCCGAGAGACAGAGACUCGGUUAAGAGUUCAUCUGUGUCCCCCUCGGCCAGCUUUCGGACCCGAGAGAAGCACAGGAGUUCAAGCGAUUACUCCUCCGACAGCAAAAAACAGAAGACUGAGGAUAAGGAGCUGGCCUCUACACGCUAUGAAAGUGAUGGAGAGAAGAGCGAUGACAACUUGGUAGUGGAUGUCUCCAAUGAGGAUCCAGCGUCUCCACGAGGAAGUCCUGCCCACUCGCCUCGGGAGAACGGAUUGGACAAGAGUCGCAUGUCGAAGAAGGAUGCUCCACUGAGCCCGUCCUCCAUCGCCUCCUCCAGCAGCACACCUUCAUCCAAAUCCAAAGAGAUUAAUUUGAAUGAGAAGUCCACAACGCCUGUGUCCAAGUCCAGCUCCCCCACAUCCCGCUCCGACGCCCCGACACCGAGCAGCACCUCCACCCCGAGCCUGAGGUCUGCCCCUGGUAAACCUGUAGGGAUUGAGGCGCUUGCUCCUGGUCUCCGCACGCCGUUGGCUGUGCCCUGCUCGUACCCGAGUCCGUUUGGAAUGGUUCCCCACCCGGGUAUGAACGGAGAGCUGAUUGGAGCCGCAGCAGCAUACAGCGGGCUGCAUAACAUUUCUCCACAGAUGAGUGCGGUCGCAGCCGCUGCAGUGGCAGCUUACGGACGCACACAAGUGGUAGGAUUUGAUCCUCACCACCACAUGCGUGUCCCUGGCCUUCCUCCCAACCUGUCAGGCAUUCCUGGUGGAAAACCAGCGUACUCCUUUCAUGUGAGUGCUGAUGGACAGAUGCAGCCUGUGCCUUUUCCCCCUGACGCGCUGAUCGGCCCAGGCAUCCCGCGCCACGCACGACAGAUCAAUACCCUGAGCCACGGGGAGGUGGUGUGUGCUGUCACCAUCAGUAACCCCACGCGUCAUGUCUACACCGGCGGCAAGGGCUGCGUCAAGGUGUGGGACAUCAGUCACCCUGGAAACAAGACCCCUGUUUCCCAGCUGGACUGCCUUAACAGAGAUAACUACAUCCGUUCCUGUCGGUUACUCCCGGAUGGGCGGACCCUCAUAGUCGGGGGCGAGGCGAGCACUUUGUCAAUCUGGGAUUUGGCUACACCAACGCCACGGAUCAAGGCUGAACUCACCUCUUCAGCACCUGCAUGCUAUGCUCUGGCUAUCAGCCCAGACUCCAAGGUCUGCUUCUCCUGCUGCUCCGACGGAAACAUAGCCGUGUGGGACCUACACAACCAGACCCUGGUUCGGCAGUUCCAGGGCCACACUGAUGGGGCCAGCUGUAUAGACAUCUCUAAUGAUGGGACAAAGCUGUGGACGGGAGGCCUGGAUAACACCGUGCGCUCCUGGGACCUGAGAGAGGGACGGCAGCUGCAGCAGCACGACUUCACCUCCCAGAUAUUUUCACUGGGAUACUGUCCAACGGGCGAGUGGCUGGCAGUGGGGAUGGAGAACAACAAUGUGGAGGUCCUACAUGUCACCAAACCUGACAAGUACCAGCUCCACCUGCAUGAGAGCUGCGUGCUCUCACUCAGAUUUGCUCACUGUGGGAAGUGGUUUGUGAGCACAGGAAAAGACAAUCUGCUCAAUGCAUGGAGAACUCCGUAUGGAGCCAGCAUUUUCCAGUCAAAGGAGUCGUCCUCAGUGCUGAGCUGUGACAUCUCCAUCGAUGAUAAGUACAUUGUGACGGGCUCAGGAGAUAAGAAAGCGACGGUCUACGAGGUCAACUACUAGAAGGGCCAGGCCAUCCGCCGUGUCUCCAACGACUAUGUACAAUUUGUAAUGUAUAUAAAACGGAUUUGAAUGGAGCUAACCAAACAGACUUUUCUGGACAGUGACCUUUUUGACCUUUUAGCUCGCCGUUGAUCAAAUCAAACAAGCAGAACCAAGCACAGAGAUUUCGUUUUUUUCUCUAGAGGAUUGGCUUGUUGUUGUUGUGAGGAUGAGUGAAUGUCCAUGUGCACUGAAUCUGGAGACAAUGCUGUUGUUGGUUCGAUAACAUUCCUUUACACUUUUUUUUAACCAAUACAUUACUAGCAGCUAAAGCAUGAUCGCCGUUGUUCACAUGCUUUCCUUCGUACUUUGUAAAGGCUAAAAAAUAAGAGCAACAAUUGAGAGGAUAACUAUAAGAUUAACAGUUAUAUUAAAGAAGAUGUUUUCUCCUCAAAACGUAAUGCCAUUGUCAUCUGUUCAGUGGCUGCUGCCAACCUCAUUUCAAAUCCUGAUAUACUGCCCCCACUGCGUAUGUGAUCUUUUCUGUAGAUGCACUAAACACAUUCAACACGUAUUCACUACAUGUGGAUAGUUGCAUAAAUAAAAGGUUUAGUGGUUUGAUUGAACUACACAGUUAUAUUAAUGUGAUCUCGAAAUGCAGUAUUCUCUAUUUAUUAUACUUUUGUUCUGUCUCAUGUUUUUUUUGCCUUCAAGUCAUUUAAAACCUCAAACCAAAUUAGCCUUUUUUUUAUAAUAAGACACUUUUUGCUCUUGCCUAAAUCAGUAAAAUCGGCAUUCCACUUACUGAACAUAGUGAUUAACCAAUUGAGAUGCAACCUGGUAAUUAGUUAGCUGUAGAGGCUCCGGUAGGCUGAUUUAUUUUAAAGUUUUUAUCUUUGGCUAAGCCAGGCAAGCUGCUUCCCCUUGUUUCCAGAUGUUGACGCUAAGAUAGGCUGCUGAAUGUACCUCUAUAUUUAACAGAAGACAGUUGUGUCAAUCCUCUCCUCUUACUAUCUGCACAUUUCCCCAAAUGUUCAAACUAUUCCUUCAAAAUGCAGCUUGGUCUACCUUUGAUAUUUAUUUUCUUCCUACUGUGUUCAUAAUUCCUUUUUUAAAUGUAUUUUCUCAUACAAUUUUGAGUUAUGUGGGAGCUCAGUCUCUUUGUGAAUGUGUGUGUGUGUGUGUGUAUGUGUGUGUUUGUGUGUUUUGUCGGCAUUGAACAAACAAACUAACAAGAUUGCCCUCGGUGCCCUCACUGCUGACCUUUGCCCUUGGUUCUGCGGCCUCAGUUCAGACUCUUCUAGAGGCUAACCGAAGUCUGUGUGACAGAUUUCAGAGAAACUGUGUGAUUGAUGUUGGGAGGUCAACCGGUCCUGCUUUUCCUGCCUGGACUCCUUUUUGUUUGGACCUUUGGACUCUUGUGGUCAGCGAUACAGUUGUGGUUUCUCUUGGAUUUACUUAUCUUGGCUUGUAGAAAUAACACAGUGCCUUUAUGCUGCUGCGCUUCUGAAACCAUUUUGUCCUGCUGAGUGUUCGACUGCACAGAGAUGACACUUGAUGGACUCUGCUGUAGGAGUGUUUUUUUUUAAAACACUGUUUUUGAGUGUCACUUUUAAAGAUUCAUUUUUUGAAAAAAAUAGCAUUAGAAAAUGAACCCAAACAAUAACACAUAUUAUCCAGUACGAUUUGUAUUAUUGUCUGUUUUCCACUGAAUUAAUCAGGACCAAACUCCUCUUUGUGUCUCCUGUUUUGCCAAACACAUGCACGUGAAAUACAUUAUUCAUGGCUACUGCUGUUUCAGACUGAUUGUUUUAAGCCAUUAACUAGAAGCUUUUUGACAUUGCUUUCUUCCUCACUGUAUUUUUUGCCUUUUUGCUUCCACACUUUGUUCUUGGUGUUAUUUCGUUACUGCAGCAUAGCUUCAACCCCAAGCUUGAAUGACAUUAAUCCAAGACAAGAUACAGAAAUACAAAUACAAAGCCUAUGAGGAAACAUUGAUAGGCUGAUCACUGUAUAAGAUAUCACUUGCGUUGUACUGUAAUCACAGGAAAUGCAUUUCAUAGCUUUAUCUUUCUGUUGUACAGUACUGACUGCCACAUAAAGUAUUACAUUGACACAUUUUAAUUUGUUUAAUAGUUUAUCCCUCUGAUAACCUUCUCAAACUGAACAGUGCCGUGCUCAUACAAUAAUAUUCCUGCCACCUUAAUACCUGAUUGUGAUUACUUUACUGUAAGGUCUUAACAGUGAUAUAUAGACAUACAAUUGGAAAAAGGUGAGUUUGUGUCAGCCUGGGUCUGUCAUGCAGUAUUUACUACAAAUGUUUUUUCUCCUAAAAGAUAACCAUUUCUUACAAUAUACAAAAAAGGCUGUGGCUCUGACUUUGACAGAUCUCUAAUCACAUUAAAGAAACUACUGAUACAACUGCACUGGUGUGAAAGGGACAUUUUGCAGAAACCACAGAAAAAGUGUAAUAUGUGUGAUAAAGACGGGACCAUAUGUAAGAUAUUACACUGUUCUGAUAUUUUUGUAAUUUCUUUAUCAUACACACCCAGUGACACUGUACAUUCUGAAGGACUGGAUGUUGAUAUUGUUUUUUUCAGUGUUUGCCUUAUGUGCUUUCUGAAUCUGAAGAAUAUCUGUGUUUGUUGCAGUCAGCUUUGUUUUCAAAUUAAAAAUAUGAUUUGUUCCCCCUGUUGUCAAUGACUGCUCAGCGGCAA